AUGGCUCUUCAAACUCUCUUCUCGCCUUCCAUUCUCUCUGCAACACCCUUCUCAUGCAUUGAUUCAUCAAAAAAUCGUACUACCUGUUGUGCAUUUAAACCCAUUCGAUGUGUUGCCAAUACCAGAAUUGUCGAUGAUCACACGGUGCCUCGACGAUCAGCCAAUUACAUACCAAGUGUCUGGGACUAUGAUUUCGUGCAAUCACUUACCAACGAUUUUGCUGACGAGAAAUAUAUAGUGCAAGCUGAUAAGCUAAAAGAUGACGUGAAGUGUCUCAUUAAUGGAAACGAGAAAUAUAUAGUGCAAGCUGAUAAGCUAAAAGAUGACGUGAAGUGUCUCAUUAAUGGAGUGAUGAACCAAAUGGCCAAGCUUGAGUUGAUCGAUGUUAUUCAAAGGCUAGGAUUGAAGUAUCUGUUUGAGACAGAGAUAAAAAAUGGCCUAGAUAUUGUUUACAAAGAUAGUAAUAAUGCAGGAUCAAGUGAUGAGCUCUAUGCAGUAGCCCUCAAGUUUAGGCUCUUUAGACAACAUGGGUAUAAUAUAUCCCAAGAUGUGUUUGAAAGGUUCAUAGAUGAGACAAAUAAUUUUAAGCCAAGCCUCUGUGAGAAUGUGGAGGGGCUGUUGAGUUUGUAUGAAGCUUCUUUCUUGGGUUUGGAAGGUGAAAACAUCAUUGAUCUGGCCAAAGCUUUCACAACCAGGCAUUUGAAAGACAUCAUAGGAGACAUAUCACCAAGCUUAGCCAGAAAAGUGGGCCAUGCUCUGGAUAUGCCCGUGCAUUGGAGAUUGACAAGAUUGGAGGCUAGAUGGUUCAUUGAUGCAUAUGAGCAAGAACAAAACAUGAACCCUUCUUUACUACAACUAGCUAAGUUGGACUACAACAUGGUGCAAUCAGUUCAUCAACAAGAGGUCAGGAAAUUAGCAAGUUGGUGGGUGGAUAUCGGCUUGCACAAUAUGGGUUUUGCAAGAGACAGGCUUGUAGAACACUACUUUUGGAACAACUCAAUGAUAUGUGAACCGCAAUAUGGACAAUAUCGAUAUAUGACAACGAAGAUAACAUGUUUGAUAACUGUUAUAGAUGAUAUAUACGAUGUAUAUGGCUCAGUGGACGAACUAGAGCUUUUCACAGAUUUUGUUGACAGAUGGGAUAUCAAUAGAAUUGACGCGCUUCCUUGCAAUAUAAAGCAAUGCCUUCUUGCCUUGUACAACACCACCAAUGAAAUUGGCUAUUGGACACUGAAAGAGAAAGGCUUUAACAUCAUCCCUUACCUAAGAAAGGCGUGGACAGAUAUCUGUAAAGCAUACUUGAAGGAAGCAAAGUGGUAUCAUGGUGGAUACAAGCCAACAUUGGAGGAGUAUUUUGACAAUGCAGUAGUUUCCAUGGCGACUGCUAUCAUGGUAUUAGGUGGCUAUUUCCUAACCACGGACAAAAUCACUGAGGAGGCAUUGGAUUACAUAGACAAGCUCCCGAGUAUCGUGCGUUGCAGCUGCAUGCUUAAUCGAAUCACCAAUGAUAUGGGAACAUCGUCGGAUGAGUUGGCCAGAGGAGACACCCUCAAGGCACUACAAUGUUAUAUGAAUGAAAAUGGUGCAUCUGAAGAAGUCGCUCGUGAAUUCAUGAACAAUUUAAUCAAUGAAAUAUGGAAGACUUUGAACAAGGACAUGCACAAAAACUAUCCUUUCUCUGAACCAUUUUUAAGUGCCUGUGCAAAUCAUGGUCGGGCAGCUCAGUGCUUUUACCAACAGGGAGAUGGGCAUGGCGUGCCAGACCGUUGGACAAAGGAUUAUCUGAUUUCAUUGCUGGUCCAACCGAUUCCUUUAAACUAG